GGCGUCUCUCACCCUGACGAAUUACUAAGAAAUGUUCUUUGAAGCGGGGGCUGGCAGUCGGGGCUGGGGGUGCAGGAGCGGCAGCACCCCUGGCCGGAAGUGGUUUCCACCCUAGCCAGGGUGCCCAGCCCCGCACUGGAACAUUGCUCCAAUAGCCGCCUUCGCAGAAGGGACGGGACCGGGAGCCACCAAGACCCAGGGACCCGCCUUCAGCUCGUCUCCCCUAGCGGCUCCCUCUGCACCUCGCUUCCCCCGACGAGCUGAUUAAGGGUUAAACCCCCCGAGCUCCGAGUCCUCCCCAGCCUAGACACGCCCAGUCAUUGCUGCGGGGGGCGGGCUCGGGCAGGGACCUUCUCGUGCGCGCCGCGGAGCCCUGGGGGCCGAGCCCGGCGCGUGCGGAGCGAGCCCCCCCUGCAGGCUGCAGCCCCAGCGCCCGGCGCGAUGUCGGUGACGUUUGAGGAUGUGGCCAUGUAUUUCUCCCCAGCGGAGUGGGCAUUGCUGGGCGAGGAGCAAAGGCAACUUUACAGACACGUCAUGUGGGAAAAUUACCAGACUCUGGUCUCAUUAGGAAUCAAAACUCCCAAGCCAGUGAUGAUCUCCAGCAUAGAGCGAGGGGAAGAUCUAUGUGUGCAGGGUCCCACAGAAGAUGAAGAUGGGAACAUCCUGAGAGGAAUCCACCCAGAUUUUCCAGCUGCAGAGGAGACCUGGGACUGGUCAGCAACUGAAAGCUCCUUGGGCUCCUUCUUAACACAAAGCUCUUCCCCCGGAGCAGCACGGGCGAGGAACCUGAACAGAGCUGAGGGGCAGACUCCUGAGGAAGGGACUGGUAACCAGGAGCCACUCAGGCCUUUCCCAGGGACAUCAGGAAAGAACCAUUCCAAGAAAUCUAAGUGGGGAAGACAUCACAAGAGGCAGGGGAGGCCACAAAGGCAGAGGAAAAAUCUGACCAGGAAGGAGCCAGCAACCUCAAGAGGCCAUCAGAGGAGAUCCAGGCCAGAUCCAAAGCCUGCAAAGGGCAAAGCGGAGUUCAGAAAGAGCCUAUAUAGCUGCCGUGUGUGCAGGGAAGAAUUCAAAGUGCAGAGAGACCUGAUAAGUCACCACUGGAUGGUUCAUAGGAAAAGGAACUGUAUCACUGUAGCGAGUGUGGGGAGAGCUUUAGGAGAAAGAAGGAGUUCAGAGCACAUGGGAAGGCUCACAGAAAGAAGAGAGACCAUCCCUGUUCUGAAUGUGGGAAGAUAUUCCACCAGUUAUCGAAUCUCAUUGUUCACCAGAGAAUCCACACUGGAGAGAGACCCUAUCACUGCGCUGAGUGUGGAAAAAGAUUCUUAUACUUAUCAGCUUUUACCAUCCACAAGAGAGUCCACUCAGGAGAGAGACCUUAUGCCUGCAUUGAGUGUGGAAAUCAAUUUAUGGAUUCGUCAACAUUACGUAAUCACCAAAGAAUCCACUCAGAAAAGAGACCCCAUCGCUGUAACCAAUGUGGGAAAGGCUUCAAACUUACAUCAAAUCUUACUAGGCACCAGAAAAUCACAGUGAAGAGAGACCCUUCUUGUGCCACGAGUGUGGGAAAAAGUUCUGCCUACGAGAGCAUCUGAUCAGACAUCAGAUGAUCCACACUGGGAGCAGCCCCAUUGCUGUGCUAAGUGUGGGGAAAAAAUUCAGUCUCCUUCAAAGUCUCAGGAGACACCAGGAAACCCAUACUCCAGGGAGACUCCAUCGCUGUGCCGAGUGUAGGGAAAAUAUUCCGUCAUUCAAACAGUCUUUUUAAACACCAGAGAGUGCACAAUGGGAAACUCCAUCGCUGCUCUGACUGUGGAAAAGGCUUGUCUAUAUACAUCAUCUCACUCGCCACCAGAGAAUCCACACUGGAGAGAAACCCUAUUCCUGCCCUGAGUGUGGGAAAA